UUGUACACGCAGGAGGGAUCUUUUGUGUGGUUGGGUGACAUCACUGAGUCUAGUAUUGGAUUACAGCAGACACGGGAACCACCCACUGCAGCCCCAGUAUCCAGCAGUAUGAGGCUGACUGCCUGGACGCUGGCACCCUGGGCUCUUCCCUACUGAUCCAUCCAAGUUCACUCUGCCUGGGGGGGAGAUCCAGCUCUCUAGCUCAUGAAUCUGAUAUGAGAGCGACGUUAUGGAUGUGGAGUCUGCAUACACUGAAUUCAUAACCUGCGACAGAACCGGCCGACGGAAUGCAGUACCGGACAUCAAAGGGGGGGAAUGUGGCCCUGCGGGGGUGAGGGAGCUGUCGGAAAACAUGGGAGACCUAGCCAUCCAAGGAGCAGAAGGACAAGCAGCAGCGGCAUCCUCCAAUAGCGGACAAGAACAGACGCCUGAAGCACAAGAUGGCAGCUCGCCGUCAUGAAUCGCUUAUGUCUUGCAGACAUCAAUGCUGACUGACUUUUUUUUCUUUUGUACAAAAAGAGAGAACAGAACCUUAAGACUGUUCACACUGAGCUUUCCAGUGAGGCUGGAAUAAAAAAAAAAAUCCAGUGAUGGUUAGAUGCCCAAGAAUGGAAUCGCAAUGCAGGACUCCACACGCCACCUGGUGGCACAAUAUAGUCAUAACAUCUUCUCAAACACCGCUCAACCUAAACUUGCCUUAGCAGAUUUUUUUUAUUUUUUUUCAUUUCCUUUAUAGAAGAAUCAUAUGCAAUAUUUCUUUGGGGUGAUAUUUUGCAGAUGGCACUGCCCGCUUCCCCUUUGAAUGUGUAUGGGAUUAUUUAUUGUCCAUAGGAAAUAAUUCUGCCCUAGGAGACCUGGGUCACAUAUGAGCAGAGACCAACGUACAGAUUAUGUGACAAAGCACUGCCUUAUAACCUUUCAGUGGACCAAAUUGAAGCCAGACGUCCAUGGCCUGUCCAGACUGCCAACUUUUCUUUUUUCUUUUUUUUUUAGUCCACGUUUUUAAGUACUAUAUCUCGGAUUGGUACGAAAUUCGGCUUAGAUUGGAUAUUUAGUUUGCACAGGAGAACAAUGGUGCAUCCUUUUUUAACAUUUUUUUUUCUUUGUUAGAAAAAUUGAAAUAUUUGGCCCUCAAAAUAUUAUAAUUUUGUGUGAAUGAAAAAUGUAAUAAACACCAUUAAGACA